AUAGCUGCGCCAAGUUUAACGCUAGAGAAAGAGAUGGAAGAACAGAUGCGGGCAAGCAUGCGGGCACUAAUGCGGGGGCCAUUUUCCUCAGUCUGGCAGUUUGAAGCUUAGCUUUCGUCAUAUCACAGCGCACGUAGCGAAAAUAAACUAGAGCGAAGAAAUCAUAUAAAAUGCCGGAUUUGCUCGUUUGUCGAGCAUGUUUGGCGUGCAGAAUUCCUGUGUACAAUAUAUUACGGACGAGAUAUCAAGAGGCGUUCGAAAGAAUGACUGCUAUGUCGAUGGCAGACCGCGUCAAGCCACACGCGCUCUGUGCCCCCUGUUUGGAGACCCUGGACAAGUGCUGCAGACUGCAGGAGAAAUGUGCCAUCUCAGAAGGCAUCCUGAACUCGUUGCUGCAUCAGAACCAGCUCACUGAAGACGCCAUUACCACAGUCGAUCGACAGCAGCACAACUUAGUUGAUACCCUUCCAACCUUCACACUGGAGGCUAUGAGGCCGAAUAAAGUUCAAAAGUCGAAAGGUAUCAAGAAUAAGACAGACUCUAAUACUGAACCUUGGGAGACCCAAAAGCUUGUAGGUCCGACCGAUGAUCCCACGCCUAAUACAAAGUCUGGUAAAAGGCAAAUCUCAGAAAAUCCAAUGGACGAAACUGUGCUUAGGAUUGAGACUGAUAAAACACAAAAUCUUGAAGAUCUGACACAUGUCGUAGUUAAAACAGAACCUGACAUAACUCCAGAAAAUCCUACAAAUAAUAUCAUGGCUUGGAUCGAGUCUGGUAAAAGGCAAAUCUCAGAAAAUCCAAUGAACGAAACUGUGCUUAGGAUUGAGACUGAUAAACCUCAAAGUCUUGAAGAUGUGUCACAUGUCGUAGUUAAAACAGAACCUGAGAAAACACCAGAAAAUCCUACAAAUAAUAUCAUGGCCUGGAUCGAGCCUGGUAAAAUACAAUGGCCUGAAGAACCGAGUCUGUGUCAGAUGGUUAAGAUUGAGCCUGGAUUAUCGCAGAGUUUUGAAGUGACUGUUAACAUGAAGCCAUCAACGAGUAAUUUUGUCAAAGAACCAUUCAACCAAUCUAACCACACCAUAUCUAUAGAAACAGUAAAGCUUAAAGAGACGCCGUAUAUCCAAAUUGAUGCAGGAAAAUUAUUAAAAAAUGUAAAAUCAGAAGAAGAAAGUUUAGUGGAAAUUUAUGAAAUGAACCAACCCAUUGACAUUGAAUUUAGCCAAGAAAGCGAUGAUAAAAAUAAUAUAAAAGGUAUUCUAGCUUCACACUCAAGCAAAGAUGUAAAGGAUGUUAAAGUACAUUUUAUAGAAAAGUUUAAGGUAGAUAGUAGAAGAAUAAAAAAGGUAUCGAGUGUUAAAUGUGAGGCGAAUAAACUAAAAACUCCAAAGCAAACACCAACAAAUAAAUCUUACCAAUGCCACAAAUGCUACUACCAAACUCCAUACAAAAAGAGACUAACGUACCAUAUGAAGAAACACUCAGGAUUCGUCAUAUGCGCUGUCUGUGAUUACCAAUGUGCUACAAAAAGUAGAUUAGUGUCCCACCUUCGUGUACACACUAAAGAACGUCCAUACAUAUGCAAAUUAUGUAACAAAGGAUUCACUGAACUGUGUAGUUUAACCAAACACAUGAAUUUGCAUAAGGGAGUGAAACCUUAUAAAUGUUUGUGGUGUGCAUAUGAGGCUGCUAGUAAGAAUCAUUUGGACAGACAUAUCAAAAGGCACACAGGCGAUAAGCGGUUUAAAUGUGAGCUGUGUGAGUACGCGUGUGUGCAGAAGUGCGAUUUGAAGAGGCAUGGUAAAAUUCAUGAGAAUGAGCGAGCUCGGUCCUUCAAAAGGGUAGCUCCGGUCAUUAUAAAGGCUGUUAGCAUAGCUAAGGAAUAAUGUAGGUAAUUUAUUGAGAGGGCUCACAUUGGUCACUCUCACUACCAAUUUAUGCUUAUGCUUAUUGCAGCAAGAAGUGAUAGAAGACCGGAUAUAUGUCCU